CGAGAGGAAUCAAAAAAGAUUUGAUUAGGGCCUCCGAAGAUGGGUGGAUGGCGAGGAGACUAUUCGAUCCGGAGGUGAGGCGCGACAGAGUUACUUUCGAAGGGGCAAACGCCAUCUUAUAUGUGGCGAAGGCACCAGAGGUGGCAGCCUGGAUGGUUCAGAAAGCAGCAAUGAAGCUGACAUUGAGGGGCAUUGACUAUCCAGUGGUAUUCAAACCUUGGAUGACAAAGGCAGAUUUGAAGGAGCUCAGGCUGAAGGAAGCAGAGACGAAUUUCUGGAUCGUAGCCUUGAGGGUGUCGUUGGAAGCUUUCUAUUACUUAGCCUCGGCAGUGGAAGCCCUGAUUAGGGGGGUGAGGCACAUGCAUCCGUCGGAGGUUGAUCGCUCAUGCCCAAAGCUGAUGAAUGUUAAGUUCGAUAUGGAGCCACAAGCGACGUAUCGGGUGGAAAACACUUUGGCAGUUGAAUCCCCGAAAGGGGAGAUAUGGAAGGUGGAACUGGCGACGCCUUAUACGGAAUGGUGUCGUCGAUGCCGCUGGUACUUCCAUACGGAGGAUACCUGCCCCAAGUCCCAACAAGCAGAUCGUCCGGUGAGACAGUGGACGAGGUCCAGGCUUCCACGUCAGAAUGGGUCGGGGCUGGCCCAAGGGGGUCCAAGAGGCACCGGUUCAAGCUCCUGUGAAGAUCCAGGGGGAAGUUCCAAGAACACAAGGACCACAGCCUGCAGGAAAUGGGAGGUCGUACAAGACCCAGGUGUAUCAGCAACAGGCCCUCAGACAGAGGUCAUUUUGACAGUACAGGAGAGGUUGGCUCUAGAUAGACCAGUUACACUAGAGGAGGUGGCCCAGACGCUAAAGGACAACGUGUUCGUGAACAUCAUUGUGUCCGUACAAUAUCGGGCCUUGGAGGACAAGGCAUACGAUGCGUUCUACAGGCUAAGCAAUCCGCAGCAGCAGAUACAAGCAUACGUAUUUGACGUGGUGCGUGCGAGCGUUCCAAGGCUGAACAUCGACACCGUCUUCGAGCAGAAGGAUGACAUUGCGAGAAAUGUGAAAAUGGAGCUUGACAAGGUCAUGGGAACCUUUGGCUAUGACAUCCAGCAAACGCUGAUUACUGAUAUUGCGCCGGACGCCGUGGUGAAGCGGUCCAUGAAUGAGAUCAACGCUGCUGCAAGAUUGCGAGUGGCAGCAACAGACAAAGCAGAAGCCGAGAAGAUUGCUCAGGUCAAGAGGGCAGAGGCAGAGGCAGAAGCCAAGUACUUGUCCGGUCUCGGUAUUGCCCGCCAGCGACAGGCUAUCGUCGAUGGGCUGAGAGAGAGCGUGCUGACCUUCUCGUCCAAGGUGGAGGGGACCACUCCAAAGGAUGUGUUGGACUUGGUGCUCGUCACUCAGUACUUCGACACAAUGAAAGACAUUGGGUCGCGCUCGAAGAACACGACAGUGUUCAUGCCAAGCAACCCAAGUGCCGUGGCCGACAUCGCUUCGCAAGUUCGCAUGGGUUUCUUGCAAGGAGCGAAGGCAUUGGAAGGCGACGGCCAACCCUCCUUAAUGGGAGCACCCUCACUCCAGCGCAUGCAUGGAGAUGGUUCAUCUUCAUCACAUCCCCAAGGUCACGGCACGAUGCGGGCGGGAACUCGGUAAUGAGGUGACGUCAACGUCGUCAAGGUAUCGAAGUAUCGAAGCAUCGAGCCUCUCACGUUGUUGAGAUCAUACUAGUUUUCAACCAAAAAAAAAAAAAAAAAAAAAAAAAAAAAAGUCAUGCAUCGCAGAAAGAACAUGAGGUCAGGGGAUCGAACCUCUCAGAGAAUGAAAUGAGACUUUGGGAAACCUAUUUGCGAAGAGAACAUGACGUGACAGGGCAACAUAUUGCAAGCAAGCGGAUGUCGUGACACAUCGAGAAGGACGAGACAGAUGCCGUGUAGUGGCAUCUGACAUAAUUACUAUUCUGAAGCAGAGAUAAGUCUUAUCUGGACAAAUACAUUCAGGCUACACACUGAAGAACGUCUCUCUCUCUCUCUCUCUCUCUCUCUCUCUCUCUCUCUCUCUCUCUCUCUCUCUCUCUCUCUNUCUCUCUCUCUCUCUCUCUCUCUCUCUCUCUCUCUCUCUCUCUCUCUCUUUUGUAGACUACAGACCGAAGAACCUCUUACAUGUGCAUGAGCCUUGAGGAGGGACCUGCAGUUUGAUACCAGCACUGAACCGCACCUCCUAGGAUACCUGGGAUUAGAACCUACGACUUCUGGCAUGACAGAUCAGCAGAGCAGGGUCCAGCACUACGAGAGAGAGCAAGCAAGACCUUUCUCUUUUUUUUUUCUGAAGGAAGCGGGGCCGGGGGCGGGGGCGGGGCGGGUUGUGUAAUAGACUGGAUCAGUGGAUCGUCAACAUUAUAUCAUUGAUUGGAAGACUGGAACAAGUUUACAGCAGCACAUACUUAUGGCAGGGCCUGCCCUCAUUCUACUCAUCAUGAAGAGCACUUGUCCAACGGUUUGAAGCGAAGUCGAAGAUGUAGGCCGCAAAGCUGAGCCGAAGAUUUAGGUCAUCAUAUCGAUAAAGAUAGAAUGAGCAAACGCCUCAACGCAAAGUCGACGAUACGAGCUGUUUGAAGGAACGAGGAGCAAACGCCGCACAGGGAAGUCGAAGAUUUAGGCCAUCAUAACCGUUACGAUAAAGAUAGAAUCCAUGAUGAAAGACAAGCUGUCCUCGACAAUCUCGUCAUAUCGGAGUCAGCGGUGUCUCUGACUUAACGCUGAAUGGGACAUGCACCUUACUAGUAGUUGGAAAGCCAUCAAAAACUCUUAGACUACCACAAUUACACAAUUAUUAUAACACUGUGAUACUCAUUAUGAUAGCGGAAAUAUGAGACCGUUAAGACGGGGUUCCCGUCUGUCAGGCAAGCUCUCGCAGACUCGCAGUAGCAAGCUCAAGAGUCAAACACGAGACUUGAGGAGUGAUUGACUAGCCGGUCUCUUUUUUUUUCCUCUUUUUUUUUUUUUUUUUUUUUUUUUUUUCAAACAAACUUCCUCCACUAGUGUUAGUGGUGCUGAUAAGAGCAGGUCUCUUGAUAGUGGAUGCUAAAAGAAAUUUGAAUUGGUUUCGACGAAAGUUAACUGGGAGCAGAGUCUGGGAUAUGGUAAACGCCGUACUAGUAGUAUACGAUAAGGAGGCGGUUGGAAUAUUAAAAGGCUUACUGCUGCUGCUGGAUGGAGGCCAUUUCGGGAAAAACGGAAAAAAAAUUGUACUAGAAGGGGGUGGGGCUUAAGCUAGAGGGCCCGAGAGUGGGGGUUGAGGUAUGGGACCUUGGCUUGGGACUGCUGAGGUGUGGCACCUUGGCCUGGGACUGUAGUGCGGUGAGGUAUGGCACCUUCGCUUGGGACUACGGCGGUGGGGGGUUGAGGUAUGACACCUUGGCUUGGGACUACUGCGAUGGGGGGGGGUUGAGGUAUGGCACCUUGGCUUGGGACUGCUGCAGUGGGGUGAGGUAUGGCACCUUGGCUUGGGACUACUGCAAUGCGGGGCGAGGUACGGCGGCUUGGGACUACUGCAGUGGGUCACUGGGGUGAGGUAUGGCACCUUGGCUUGGGACUACUGCGGUGGGGGGGGUGAGGUAUGCCACCUUGGCUUGGGACUACUGCAGUGGGGGUUGAGGUAUGGGACCUUGGCUUGGGACUACUGCAGUGGUGGGCUUUAGAGAAUGAUGGGGAGGGAGAUCGAACACAGUGAACAGCGUCUGUACUAUAUAUUAGAUAUUACAUGCUGGUUAUUCAAUGCCGGAUGUGGCCGAGAAGAUUAGAACUCUUGUCUGUCUAAUCAUAACUACGAUAAACACAAAUAACAACAUGUCUACAUGGGUUUAAUAUUGAGCACCUAACUAUGUAAAGCCAAGCUUUUCUAAUUUCAGCCACUCCUAGAUGGCCCCAAGCAACUGGAGAAGCUGUUUUGAGCCUCUCCUAAGAUUUAGGAGGCCGAGCUCCGUAGAUAAAUGAAUCGGCAGCGGGCGGCCUCCCGAUGGGGCCUCCGGCCGAUAGCUUGCAUGUACUGGUGCUUUAAGUCUAUUAGACCAAGGCGAUGCAUCUUGUAGAGGGUGAGUAAGUAUGGACUUUGUUUUUUUUGUUUUUUGGUGGUGGUGGUGGUGGUGGCUGGGGGGGGGAGGGUUCAGUCCAUCUGUGAUGCUUCAGGGGGUGAUACAAGCAUCAGAUUCCAAUGUCGGAUGGCUCCUAGUAGUAUCUUAUUGGUGGGGAUGCCUUGUUUAACAAUGUGAAGGGUUUGAUUAUUAACUUUUAUAUAAUAAAACAGCAUUAUAUUAAUAUGUAUUUCUAUAACAUGGUGUUCAAUUGUUAACUCCCUAGAUUAGCAUUUGUGCAAGCACAGUGUAAGUCCACGUUUUCAGUGACUGACAAUGAUUUGAAGAAGCAUAAGAUCAAUCAUCAAUAGUAUUAUAGGACUUGUGUGAGCCCAGCGUAAGUUUGCCUUUUUCAUAAGAACAUUUGGGAGCCGCACCUGGUCCUGUAUCCAGUGUUUAUUAUUAAUUUUAAUACACAUAUGACAGUUACUAUCCAACCAACGGCCAUGGCCCAAGGAACAUGCAGAUAGGCACUAAGUUUUUGUGACAGUUUAUUUCCGAGUCCCCUUCUAUAUUAUCGACCUUACUAUCAAGCAGGCCCCAGAUGCCCAAGUCUGCAGCCGGGCACGGCGGGCAAAGCCUGAGCCUGAGCGUGGUAGAGAACAAAACGUUUUUGGUUCG